AUGGCGUACCCUGCAUCACCAUCAAACAUGAGUACUGAUUCUAAGCAUCAAUCUGGAGAAGGUGAAAGCCUAGUCACCCAGUGGAAACAACGACGGAUGUCCAUCAUGUCCAAGGAAUCACCCGAUGAUUCCAAGCCGGUUGUUUCCAAUCGCAGGCGUUCCACUUUCAAAGGAAUUGCAACAUCUAUUACGUCCUUGUUGCAAAUACGAAGAUCAACUAAAGCGCGACUGAGUAUUCCUGGAACAGAAGAGUUCAAAACACCAAAGCAAAAAAUGGAAAACACAUAUAAAAUGCACCCUGAUCCCGGACAAACAUUUCAACAAAAUACAAUUGAAUCUAUAGCUAAGGAAGUGAUGCAGGAAACGUUAGAUGAUGUCAAGUAUAAUUCAAGCACCUGCAACAGACUGGUGUGCGACAUUUCGCAGACGAUUAAAAACAGGGUAAGGAAGCUCAACAUGGCACGUUACAGGGUCGUCGUUCACGUUUUUAUUGGUCAGCACAAUGAUCAAAGUAUGCAGAUGGCCAGUCGGUGUGUCUGGGACGCUUCAACAGAUAACUUUUGUACUGCAACAUACAAGAACGAUUCGCUAGUGGCUGUUGCCUCAGUGUAUGGUGUGUACUUUGAAUGA